UACCCGCGGUCAUACCAGAAUACCGAUUGUUCCAAGUAAGACCCGUGUGCGCUCGCCUGCCAUUUACGCGGAUAAAAAAAGGGACCUCUCGAAACUGAGGGAAGAUUGGCAGGUGUUGGGGGCGCGAGGCUGCUGACGGCGGGCGCUGGGCGAAGCGGGAGGCGGCCUGACGGAGCAGCGGGAGUCUGACCGAAGCCUGGCCAAGCCCACGGACUUCACCAGGGCUCCGGGAGCUUCGCCAGUAAGCCCUUCGUACAACCAGCGACUUGGGUGGGGAUUUCUGAAAGAUUUGGAGUGGCAAGGGGUGGACUAGCGCGCGACGGCGGCGACGGGACGGCCUCCGACGGGGCAGGAUUGAGCGGCGCCGGUGAUUGUGGCGGAUACUGCAGGAUUGCCCCGACUUGCCGCGACUUACGCCCUGAGCCCCACCUGAGCCGAAUUUACCGCGCCGGAAGCCGUGACUUGGGCGCCGCGGCCGAGGAGGAACAACACGCCAGUGAGCCAGGUCGCGUGGGGCCCCUCGGAGGGCGGCCCCGUCUGCAGGUUUGGUGGGAAGCGAGGCCCGCAUGUGAGCCGCCGUUGCCUUCGCCGCCGCCGCCGCCGCCCCUAGGAGACCCGCCACCAUGGAGGGCCUCACGUCCGGCCUCCAUGAUGGUCUCUCCCUGCAUGACCUUCAGCCGCCUUCACUCACCCACGACACCGCCCACACGCCCACUCACGCCCAUGAUCACACCCACGAUCCCACGCACGGUCUCGGCCAUCGCCACACUCCCGCCCACGACGCCCUACAUCAUCUGGAAGUCAGUCACGCCCACGACGCUGUCCACGGUCUGUCCCACGCCCACGCUUCCACCCACGGCACGCCCGCCUCACAUGCUGGCCUCGGCGCCCACCAGACGGGCGUAUCCUCAGCCCUGCGAGGUCCGCCGCCCCUCCAUCCCCUAACGCCCACUCCCUCUACGGUGCUGCCGCCCACGCCCACGGACAAGAAGCCGCCCAUUGUAGACGUGGGGGAGAAGCCGUCACAGUCGUGCUCGGCGGAGUCUGACGAUGACAAGAACAAGAAGAAGCGGCAGCGGCGCCAGAGGACUCACUUCACCUCGCAGCAACUGCAGGAGCUGGAGGCAACCUUCGCCCGGAACAGGUACCCGGACCUCAGCACGCGGGAGGAGAUCGCCCUGUGGCUCAACCUGAAGGAGGCACAAGUCAGGAUUUGGUUCAAGAAUCGGCGAGCCAAAUGGAGGAAGCGGGAGCGUCACGCCAUGACGGCCGGGAUGCCCGGGGACCUGAAGUGUGGGUGGGGCGCUCAGCUGAACGGGUUUGCAUGGCCUGACGACGGCCUGUACUCCGGCUAUUCGUCCUACAACAACUGGGCCCGCGUGACCCCGCCGCCCCUCAGCACGAAGAGCUUCGCCUGGGGCUUCAAUGGCGUCAACAUGAUGAGCCAGCAGCCGUCGGCCAUGUCGCCCAUCAACUGCUUCCAGACGCCCACGCAGGGCAUGAGCAGCUCCACCAACCUCAUGCCCACCACCAUGUCCUCGUCCUUAGGCUCCAGCGCCGCGCCCUGCCCCUACCCCGCCCCGACGCCGCCCUACGUCUACCGUGAUCAGACCUCCACCAUGUCCUCCUCCAUCGCCUCCCUCCGCCUCAAGGCCAAGUCACACUCCCCCGCCUUCUACGGUCCAGUGUCGCCCCGCCAGAACUCGCUCUCUGCCUGCCAGUACUCCAUGGGGGACCGCUCCACCGUCUAAGGCGGGGCAAGAUCGCACACCCUGCUUUGUUGUACAGUAAGACUGCAAGUGACGCGAGGACGCCGCGUGACAUGGGCGCCCGAGGACCCGAGUACUCCGGAUAUGCGGGCCUCAGCUUCGCCAGUGUCACGGAGUGUGUGGCAUCUCGAGCACGAGGCCAAGUGUGGAGGCGUGAGGGAAGCAUAAGUGUGUGUAAUUCACCACGGUGGUCUGCUGGUCCCCCGCCCAGUCGGUCCCCUACGGAAAGAGCUCAGAGCUCGUGUUGACCGAUCUUAGUAAUGCGUGUGUGUGCGUGUGGAAUGUGGUGGAGAUUUGAAGGCAAACUGAUGUGUCCAGGGUUAGGUGUCCCGGGCCGACAUCCUCAGACUUGUGCUACCAAGAGGGCCAGUGUCGUGUGCCAGCAGUUGCGCCCAAGCAUCAGUGCCCCGCGGUGCGAGGAAAGUGCGCAGAGUGCAAUAUCAGCCAACGGCGCCCGUCCAUAUGCUGAUGCAGGUUCGGCAUGGGCGCCAUGUGUGCCGUUCCCGCGUUGCAUCAAGCCAUGUCUCGGCGACGGGAGUAGCGGCGGGUGCAUGUGAGGCGAUGCUGAGCGGCAAAGGAAGACCACUAACCUUCCUUUCUAGCCACGAGACUGCCAGAAAGAGUCACCUGUCACUCGUUACAGCCACACCGAACUCCAUCGCCGUCGCUGCAGCAGGAGAAGGCUGCCAUCUGGUCACCGUCGUCUGGAGGUGUCAAGAGGCCGCUGGUGAGCCAAUGCGCUGCUGGUAGAGGCGAUAACAGCCCGGCAGAGGAAGAGCAGGGAGGGCGCGCACCUGGACCCAAACGGACCUGACGUAAGCUAAGCAAGUUUUCUGUAGCAGUUCAUCUCAGUGAGAGGAGAGAAAUGAUCUGUGUGGAUCUGUCGCCACUUGCUUCGCCCGUGUGUGGGAAUGUGUGGAGGAAGAGGGGCUGGGGCCUGAGGAGCGAAGGACGAGGCUGAAGGAGGCGAGGGCGUGGGAGGCCUACUGUUCGUUAUAAGCUUUCUAACAGUGUACAUAGUUUCCCUUUCUCGUAAACGCUGUGAGUGAUGCAAAGUCUUCCAAAACAGUUAGGUGUCAUUUCUCAAACACCAAAAAAGUAAAAAAUCCUUUAUUAUUAUUGUUAUCAAUAUUAUUAUUAUUAUUUUUAUUAUUAUCAUUAUUAUUAUCAUCAUCAUCUUUGUUAUUAUUUCAAACCAUUUCAUAUUAGAUAUACUUUUAAAUUUUGAUCAAUUUUCUUUUUCUUUAUUACAUUAUAGUCUUGUUUUCUUUUCCAUUGCUUAAGAACGUUGAGGUUUCCAUAGCAACAGAUAAAUAAUAAUAACACAUAGCUAGACAGGGAAAAUGAAAGGGAGUGUGUGUUUUAUAGUCAUCGAGCUAAACUAGAUUAUUAUUAUUAUUAUUAUUAUUAUUAUUAUUAUUAUUAUCAUUAUUAUUAUUAUUAUUACUAUUAUUAUUAUUAUUAUCUUAGAGAGGGUUGCGUCCUCAUCUGUACAGCUUCUCGUGUGUGUGUGUGUGUGUGUGUGUGUGUGUGUGUGUGUGUGUGUGUGUGACCUGUAUUCCUACUCAUUUCAAUACCAUGUAUAUGUAUGUAUAGUCUGGAUGCUUCGCUGUAUUUAUAUGUGGCCAUGUAUACUGGAGGAGGAGGAGGAGGAGGAGAAGGAAUAAGAAGAGGAGGAGGAGGAGGAGGAGAUGAUAGGAAGAGAAGGACUUCUUUUGUUCAGUAUAUUUAUUGUUGGUUUCAAAUCUUCAAAUGUACAGUGAAACAUGGAAUGAAUUAAAAGAAAAAAGAAAGGAUAUUAUUCAUUCAUUAUGAUUCAGAAUAUGAUUGGAAGUAUGGGUGAAUGUUUUGACAUUUCAUUCUCUUAUUCAUGUGAUGAGGAAUGAAUAAUGAGUGUUUCUUGUUUUCACUCUUCUUCUUCUUCUUCUUCUUCUUCUUCGUCUUCUUCUUCUCUACUUCUUCUUUUCCUCCUCCUCCUCCUCCUCCUGAUGUCUCUUAGGACAAAAAUGUUUUCUAUAAUUGAUGAAAACUGUGAGUAUUUUUGUACAUAGUUGGGGUUCACGUGUGUGUGUGUGUGUGUGUGUGUGUGUGUGUGUGUGUGUGUGUGUGUGUGUGCACCUAGUCCUUCCUUUAUCGUAUAUUUUAAGUCCUUUCAAAAUAAAGUCUAUGUCGUGAA